UUUUGACCCCGUGCGGUAUUUUGGGUGGCUCCAUUGAUUUCUGCCAUGCAUUGAGGUGGCGAUCGUGGCGCUCCAGUCAUCGUAUGACGUCGGCGCAGGCCGACAACCCGGGCAAGCGCCGCCAUGGCCGACCGCUUCGACUGCGACAACUGCAAAGAGUCCCUGUACGGCCGCAAGUACAUCCAGUCGGACGACAGCCCCUACUGCAUCCCGUGCUACGACAGCCUCUUCUCCAACACGUGCGACGAGUGCAAGGAGCUGAUCGGCCACGACGCCCGCGAACUCUUCUACGAGGACCGGCACUACCAUGAGCACUGCUUCCGCUGUUUCCGCUGCGACCGCUCGUUGGCGGACGAGCCCUUCACCAACCAGGAGGACGCGCUGCUCUGCAACGACUGCUACUGCAACGAGUUCUCGUCCAAGUGCGUCGCCUGCGACAAGAUCGUCAUGCCAGGUACGAGGAAGCUGGAGUACGCUGGCUCCACGUGGCACGAAGGCUGCUUCGUCUGCCACGCCUGCGAGCAGCCCAUCGGCUCCAAGUCCUUCAUCCCCGAGAAGGACGAGCACUACUGCGUGUCGUGUUACGAGGACAAGUUUGCACCGCGCUGCACGCGCUGUCAGAAGACCCUGGCCAAAGGCGGCGUGACCUACCGGGACGAGCCGUGGCACAAGGAGUGUUUCGUGUGCAGCGGCUGUAAAACGCAGCUGGCCGGCCAGCACUUCACCUCGCGCGACGACAGCCCCUACUGCCUCAAGUGCUUCGGAAGCCUCUACGCCAAGAAGUGCGAGGCCUGCAGCAAACCCAUCACAGGUUUCGGCGGCGGCAAAUACAUCUCGUUCGAGGAGCGCCAGUGGCACCAGCCGUGCUUCACCUGCACGCAGUGCUCCGUGUCGCUGGUGGGCGCCGGCUUCUUCCCCGACGGCGAACGCAUCCUGUGCCGCGACUGUCACAACGGCCUCUAAAGACCCCCGCGCUCCCUCCCUUGCAUACCACUCGAGUCACGUCAUAGCCAAAGGCUUGUGUAGACCCAGCCAGGUGACAACACACAAAAACCAAGGCGCUUUUUCCAAAGUGGACCACCACCAAACUCCUUGAUACGGCCUAGUGCCCGACCACAUGUUACAUAAUCCCGAACGACAUCAUUCUUGAAGGGACACGAGAGGGCAGUUUGACAGUCCCUUCUUGAUGGAGAAUCCUCGAUUGAUUUCAAAAAGUUGACACCGUGCUCUCGGUGCAUUCGAUGGCCUUGACCC